AAAAUAGUCUACAAUGCAUAAUAUUUCCUGGUGUUCUUGAAUGGCGCACCUGUCAAAAUGUCACCCCUUGAAUAGGACACGCCUCUUCCAGAGGGGUGAAUGUACAAUCUCCGGCCUGGUCGGCUCCUCAUUGAAGUUCUCGUUUUCACUUGAAGCAGAUCAUGUCCAGAGUGGAGGUGUUUAGGGACGCCAACCUUCGCUCUCUGCUGCGCGAGUUGCGUACUGACAUAGCGAUGGCGGUGGAUGACCCUUUUCCUAUUGUGUAUGGCUUGGCAGACAAAAACAUAAUCACAGAACAACAGCUGCAGGAUACUCUUAAGAAGGAAGGGAGCGAGGGGAUUCACAAAGCCAUGUACUCCCUCCUUUCGUGGCUGUUGGAGCAGAGCAGAUCAACUCUCCAGGCUUUCUGGAGCAACCUAUCCAAGGACUACAACAUGGACAGCUACCCCAAGCUAAAGGCACUUCUCGCUAACCUGAAUACCAGACCGGAUGCUCCGCGGUCCAAAGCUGAAAACAAAUCUUAUGGAGGAGUUAAAGCUUCUCACAGCAAGAAGAGGAGCCAUGAAGACAAGGGAGCAAAUGUUCAGCAUUCAGAGUAUCAUGCUAAGACAAGCGAUGGAACAGUGAGUAAAGUCAAGUUGUACAGAGUGAAGAGUGAAGCGCGAGCACUGCAACUACCAUCUGGAAACACUCUGCAGGUGGUAUCUUCCUCUGUUCAGAGAGGCGUAGCCCUUUCCUCUUCUUCAUCUUCCUCCUCUUCAGAUCUUCCUUUCAGCCAGGACAAAAAAGAAAACACACAAAUCAAACAGGAGCGUACUGCACUGGAUGGCUCCGUCAGAAAGUGCAUCAAAGGUGCUGAAGGUUUUCACUCGUACAGUUUAGCAGAGAAGUCCCACGAAAAGUCCAAAUCUGCGAGUGCCAGGUUUACCCACCAGGGGGAGGCAAACCCAAUAAUAAUACACUCUAAUGAUGAUGAGUGUGCGCUGUGUAAGGAUGGAGGGGAGUUGAUUUGCUGUGACGGCUGUCCUCGAGCCUUUCAUCUGACCUGCCUCAACCCCCCACUCACUUCCAUACCGAGUGGCUCUUGGCAGUGUGAGUGGUGCUAUGGGCUUAGAGUGAAACAAGAAAAUGCUCUACAGCUUGUCCAGGUUCUCCCCACUCAGCCUCAGCAAACCAGCAUAAACAACACUAACUCCAUCUUAGACAACUCUUUCUACCCCACUUUAUCAUCCUCCGUCACGAGUGUCACAGCCUCUAUCAAAGCAUCGAAUGGCAAAAACCAGUGCUCAGGCGGAGAGAUGGUCGCCCUGAGGGAGGUGUGUGGUGUUUGUCACCUUGGGGGAGAUCUGACUCACUGCCUUCAGUGUUUAAAGCAUUUUCAUGCACAUUGCCACUUUUCCAAGGGAAGAUCUGUCUGCUUGUCCUGUUCUAGACCAUGGGGCAGCUCUGCAGAGAAAGAAACCGAGCCCAGAGGCAUGCAGCUUGCACCUUCAGUCCAGAACUCAUUCAGUCAAGAUCAGAGCACUUCCUUCUCUGAACCAGUCGUCAAUAAGGACGAACUGGACUCCAUCUUGGAAGAUCAGAACUCAAUUGACGGCCUGUUGCAGUGGGCCUUCCACAACAUCUCCAGGCCUUUUCCAGACUCUCAGGGAUGCUACAAGUGAAAAACAAUUAUGCACUCCAGGUUAUAAAAACAGGAAUGACAAAUUGACCCCCGGGUAAUUGAAUUCAAACAGCAUAAUCACUCAUAAGUUACAGCCUCUCUCCCACUUUAAUUUGGAAAUAAAUGUUUUAUGAUAGCAGUUUAAUUUUAAAUUGCUUUAUCAUUUUUUUCCUCCCACUUUUCUCUGUGUGUUUUCUGUACUUGUGCCAAUAAUCUUUUAUUAUAUGACCUUUGGAAAAACUUUGAACUUUAACAAAUUUUUGUCAUCUGACCACAAACCUGAAUGCAUUUUAGAAGGAUUCGGUAUGAUUGAGUAUUGCAGAAUUGUAUAGUGGAAGUAAAAUAUUUGCAAAGUGUCUCAGAUCAGACACUCCAACUGGAUG